UAUGUGCAUGACAGCUGGGUUAUGGGUGUGCAAAAACUUCACGGUGAUGGGGGAGUGAAGAAGAUAAAAAUUUGUGAAAAUAAACCAUGUUCUAGAUUUUUAGAAUAAACAAAGAAAUUGCGUGUGCAGCAUAAUGCUGAAAAUCUUCAAAAAGUCAGGUCGCGGACGAAGAGAAGAUCAACACCGGAGGCAGGAAAACCCCAAGGUUGCUGAUGAGCAGAAGAAGAGACACAGUGGCGGGAAAUUCGAGGCACCACCUACCACCUUGACGGAGUCCGAGAAGGCCUGCGAAGGGGCAAAAGAUUCCGAUGAAGACACCACCCGAUCGAGAUUGUCGAAGAAUCUUCUUGAAAUACUCUCAGAGAAGAGUAGCUUGUGCUACUUUGUUCAAUUCUUGGAGGAGCGCAAGGGGUUGCCACUGAUAAAGUUCUGGUUGGACGUUGAGAGCUUCCGGACGUCUGCACAGGUAUGCGAUGGCUUUAAAUACUACUCCACGCCCAAUUCAUCAAAUUACAAAACAAACACAAAGAGUACGUCGUCAGAGGGAUGUGAUGAUAUGUCGUGCUUUAGUGUGGAUUACGAUGAUAGCGUAUCCAUUGGAUCAGAGAGAUUUUCCACAGUGGAUGGUGGUGGAGAUGAUGGGAGUUGUGAUAUCAGACGCGGGGAUGAUGGGAAAUCCACAGUUUCUGAUGAUUUGAGUGGGCAGCUGAGUAAAAUUACGGAUUUCAUUGAGAAUCCCGAAGAGGACGUGGCGAGUUACUCCAAAUUAUGUGAUAUAUCAACGGGACAAUUGGGUGGGGAAGAGAAAGCAAGGAAUGACAGGUCACAAGAGGGCAGUACGCCGGAAGUGGAGGGGGGAGGCGUGGCUGGGGAGAAGAUGCGUCCGGAUACAACCAAAGUGCAAACGUGCAUUGCAACAGAUGCUGUUAGAAUCUUUAGGAAGUACUUCACGAGUAAUUCUCCGUAUUGGAUUGACAUCCCUGCACCCAUUCAUGCCAAAAUCUCCCUGGCACUGUGUACAGAGGACACAGGUGCGGGCUUCCCUGUGUCCCCGUAUUGCUUUGAAGAUGCCCAAAAGUGUGUCUUUAGUCGCCUGGAGAUGGAGCACCUCAAUGAUUUCCUCGACAGUGUUUUCUACUGCAAAUACUGCGUGGAUGUUGUGACUGGUGAGGGGCUCCAGCUGCGUGAUAUUCUCCACAGUGAGUCAGCCUUAUUCUACUUCCUUGAAUUCCUCGAACAGGAAAAUAUGCGUGAUUAUUUGGACUUUUGGGUGUCUGCAACGAAUUUUCGGCGUCAAUUUGCAGAGAGUGGCGACCGGAUGGUCCACGCGGAGGCUCAAAGUGACGCAAUGGUGCUCUAUGAGAAAUACUUCUCCCUCCAGGCCAAUACAUCCCUCCAGUUCUCCGAUGCGGUGCGUUUUCACGUCGAGGAGCGCAUUUGUUCGCAAACAGAGCCAAUUUUCACGUGCUUCGAUCAUCCAGUGCGGAUUGUGGAGCAUUUUCUCAAUGCCAACUACUUUGGGGGCUUCAUAAAGUCUCAGCUGUUCUACAAGUACCUCUCGGAGCUUCUCAAUCGCAUUCAGGAGCACAAACGUGCCACCGGGCAUGCGCGGAGGAGUCACAGGAAGACAUUUUCCGAUUGUUCCGGGAGCAUCUCAACGCAAAACACCCUCCUGGCCAUGGAGACACCGCAAAAGCAUCGAGCUGUACGUUCUUCCUCAACGUCCGACAUGCAAAUUGAUUCGCGACAUAUCAGUGAUCCCGAUCUCCUCUGGCGACGCUCCUCACUCACGCACGGCUUGAGUUUUGGGCGCAUCAAUGCCCUAGGGCGGUAUGAGCGUGAUUUUGAAAUGGAAAAUGGGGAGGACAGAUGGAGCCUCUCAGCGGGUGGGAGUAAACUCAAGAAAGCAAUGCGGAAGCUCGUGAAUCUGCCCGAGGACAAAGUUCAGGAGGAAAUUGCCUGGCAAGUGGCCGAAAUGAUUGUUAAGGAUAUUACGAACAUUACUCUCAAUCAUGACACAAAAACGUGAUGUCUGUGAAUCUCACUCUCUCUCUCUCAAUAAAUCCGAUACUCUCUCAUUCCUUCCUAAUUUUUUAUUUGGGGGAUUAACACUCAUUCCCCAAAUUAAGAAUCUCCUACUUAUUCCUUUCAGUGUUACUAAUUUUAUUAUUUUUUUUGCGCAAUAAUUUAGCAAAGUAUUCCUUCUUUUUUUAAAGAUUCGACCUAAGCGAGAGAAUUUAUUGUGAAUUGUUUUAGUGACAAUUUGAAAGGAAAAAAAAUGAAAGAAAUGUAUGGUAUAUAUCACUAGAGACUUGUAGAUGUUAUUUUUGAAAGAAAACAAAAGAAGAAAAUGAAAAAUAAAUUAAUAUAUUAUUAAAAA